AUGGCGGAGGUGAAGAAACAGAUGAAAUACAUCCUUGUCACCGGUGGUGUGAUCAGCGGUGUUGGCAAAGGAAUCAUCUCGAGCAGCAUCGGGGUGCUGUUGAAAAAUAAUGGAUAUAAGGUAACCGCCAUCAAGAUAGACCCGUACUUGAACAUAGAUGCCGGAACCUUUUCUCCAUAUGAACAUGGCGAAGUUUUCGUUCUGGACGAUGGCGGCGAGGUUGAUCUGGAUCUGGGCAAUUAUGAGCGUUUCCUGAACGUCCGCCUCACACGCGACAACAAUAUAACUACUGGGAAAAUGUUUAAACAUGUGUUGGAAAAGGAGCGGAGGGGUGAUUAUUGCGGGAAGACUGUUCAAAUGAUUCCGCAUUUCACGGAUGCUAUAAUUGAUUGGGUGGAGAGGGUGGCGAAGAUCCCUGUGGAUGGCACCACUGAUGUUCCGGAUGUUUGUAUUAUAGAGUUGGGCGGCACGAUAGGAGAUAUCGAGGGAAUGCCCUUCCUUUCGGCUUUCGAAAAAUUCCAGCGACCUCGUUUCAAGGAUCACAUGAUGAACGUCCACGUUUCCCUAAUUAUGCACCCCGACGCGACUGGAGAACCGAAGACAAAGCCAAUGCAGAAUUCGGUCCGGAAUCUGCGAGCGGCCGGUCUGGUGCCCGAUCUGCUGAUCUGCCGGUCAAGCCAGCCGCUCGAGUUUCGAUUGCGCGAAAAGGUGGCCGCUUUUGGAUUGGUGGAUUUGGAGCAGGUAAUUGGCGUACAUGAUGUCAGCAACAUCUACAAAGUGCCCCUCCUCCUGCAAGAUCAAGGCGUCCUCGACCAUGCUGUUCACAAACUCCACUUGCCAACUGUCCCGACCCAAGUCGUCCGCUCGCUCCGCUUCAACAUGACCCACUGGUCGAAACUCAGCGAAUUGAUCGACAGCUACUCGGAAGAGGUCCGGAUCGCACUCGUCGGCAAGUACGUCAAAUUCGAAGAUGCCUACGCCUCGUUGAACAAGGCGCUUUCCCACGCAGCCAUCCACAGCAAGCGGAAGUUGAAGAUCAAGUUCGUGGACAGUGAACUGUUGGAGAUGCCUGUGAAAGUCGGACAUCAGGCUCAGGCUGACGCGGCUUGGGAGGCUGUUCAUAAUGCCCACGGUAUCAUCGUCCCAGGAGGUUUCGACAAGCGCGGCGUCGAAGGUAUGAUCAACGCCUGCAAGUACGCCCGCGAGAAUAAGGUUCCUUUCCUAGGUGUCUGCCUCGGAAUGCAAUGCGCCGCUAUUGAAUAUGCGCGAAAUGUGCUCGGGAUUGAGGGCGCCAAUUCGACGGAAUUUCAACAAGACUUGACUGAACGUCAAAAGGUUAUCAUUGAUAUGCCCGAGCACGGUGUCGCCUCUAAGGGAUUGGGCGGAACGAUGCGGUUGGGCAGUCGUACGACAGCCUUCCUCACCCAGGACUGUGUCCUACGAAAGCUGUAUGGCCGUGAUGAAGUUCAGGAGCGUCAUCGUCACCGCUAUGAAGUGAACCCCAGCAUUGUGCCCGAGUUGAGCCGGCGAGGUCUCCUCUUUGUCGGCAUGGGCGUCGAUGAAUCGAACAUCCAUGAAGCUGUAUUGGCCACCACGAAAUCGUCGGCCGAUUUGAUGAAGAUGGCACAUGAUCAGCAACGUAAAGAGUCGUUGCUCGGAAAAAUUACCGAACUGUGCCACCGAGGCGGCGAUGGCGUCGUGCGGCCGGCUGUUCGAAUGGAGAUGCUCGAGCUUGAAGGACACCCCUAUUUCGUUGGGGCCCAGUUCCACCCCGAAUAUCUGUCGUUGCCGUUGAUGCCGUCUCCGCCAUUCCUCGGGCUGCUUCUUGCGGCUAGUGGUCAGCUUGAGAGCUCCCUCACCGACGUGGCCAAGAAUGAAAACUCGCUGAAGACGGUGGCCGGUGAAGUCGUCGAGGGUUUCUCCAAAAUCUCCCUGAGCGCC